AUGCAACCUACAGCGCCACAGAACUGUUAUCAACGGCCGUCAUUCGCUUCCGAAGCCCUAUCCCGCCUGACCGAAGCCCUAACCUCCAUAGCGUUGUACGACGAUUACCAGUGCGUGCCGCGGCUAUUAUGUGAAGCGGGGGGCGGAGCCCUAGGCGCAACUAGUGCUUUACCUACGGGACUACAACCAUUGCUAACCCUCCUAUCAGCAUAUGGCGGAAUCAGCUCCAACCCUCUCUUCGUAUUCGGCAGAGCGGUCCUCCUCGGAGUGUCGUCGAAAGAAAACCCCUCCAUCUGUCGCCACGCCUACCCCCAGUGUCCCUCAGACCCUGAACAGCUAGUCCACUAUCUCAACAAUCAUAACGGAGGCUUCUUCCGUUUCUUUAACUCGCCACAACAAGGCCAGCAGGAUGUGCAACAAUUUUACAAUCAUUUACAAAACUAUCAAAUCAAUCAACAAAACGUACAACAGGUUUAUAAUGAUAAUGGACAGCACAAUCAGAAUUAUGGGAUAUAUCAACAACAAAGUCAUGGAGGCAUACAGGAAAAUAAUAUAAACCCUGGUUAUGGUUUUCAAAAACCCAAUACGUAUCCGAAUUACGGUAAUAAAUACGGUUAUGCCUAUCCGUAUGAUGAUAGAUUUAAAAACGAUUUGAAAAUUCAAAAGAGGAUACAGAAUAAGCCACAUGAUAUUGAAAAUGAUGGGUUUUCAAGUAACAACAAUCUUAAAUGGAGCUUUCCAGAGAAAGACGUUUUUGAAGCAUCCGAAGAUGUGUAUAAUAAUGUUAAAGAUACAAGACAAAAAGAUACAAGUAAGACAUUAAAGUUUCCAGAAACAAACAUAAACAACAUUCGAGAAAAUAACAGAAAAACCAGGGGUUUUGUAUUUCCAUAUAAUUUAAAUUAUUAUACAAAUUAUUACGAUCAAGUGACUGAUGAUAAUUCUGUAAAUGAUAAUAAAGUUAGUACUUAUAAUAGCAAUAAUUAUAACUAUAAUAAAGUUAAUGAUGGAUAUAUCACAGUAUACGUUGUUAGAGGUAAUGGAGAUCCAAACAGACCAGAAAUAAUUAAAUUAAGACCGGGAGAGUCUUUGUAA